AUGUUAGCAAGCAUACGCAACCAGUUUGUUCGUGAUUGUGAUGAUAUUCUAGGAACAGGUCAAGGGAGUGGUGUUCACACUAUAUACAUUGAUGGUUCACAAUCAGUUGAGGUCUACUGUGAUAUGGAAACCGACGGAAUCGGGUAUACGGUUUUCCAAAACAGAUAUGAUGGCAGUGUUGACUUUUAUAACGCUAGGACAUGGACAAACUAUAAAUAUGGAUUCGGUAAUCUAUCCGGAGAGUUCUGGUUAGGUCUGGAAUACAUUUAUCGAAUGACUAUGAAUGAUAAUUACAAGCUAAGAGUAGAUUUGGAAGACAACAAUGGCACCAAGGUUUACGCCGAAUAUUCCACUUUCAAAUUAAAUAGUGAGGCUGAUUUAUACAGGCUGAUUAUUGCUGGAGAAUCCGGAACAGCAGGUAAUAUCAAUCGUGGCAUGCUUUAUAACCAGAAUACCCAGUUCAGUUCACCAGAUAAUGCUACAGCCUGUACUUCAUCACGCAAAGGAGGUUGGUGGUAUUCAGGUUGUACAUACGCGAAUUUGAAUGGCUUAUAUAAACCUGGUGUCAGCAGUUGGGAUUCCAUGAUGUGGUACGCAUUCAAGAAUAUAGAUGGCUGUAAGACAACCUCGAUGAAAUUAAUAAAGAAAAAGUGAUACAAAAUAUAU